AUGGUUUACUGUACUCACUGUGCUGAUUAUUGCCCAUACAUAAAGGAUCCUGACAAAGGAUAUAUAUGUUGUGGGACAUGUGGAAAGGUUCUUGAUCAGGAGAUUUACACCGAUGAGCCUACUUUUGUCAAGGACAGUUCCGGAGCGAGCAGGCUGGCUGGAAACAUACUGAGCAGCAUCGAAAGUGGGAGUUCACUAUCCCAUGAAAGGACUUUAAUGAAAGGGAGAGACGAGAUUUGGCAGAUUGUCACUAGCUUACAUGUUGGUGGUGGAGAUACUAUCAUUGAUAUGGCUCAUAAAUUUUAUACACUAGCUGUGGACCAUAAUUUUACAAGGGGCCGUCGAACAACUCAUGUUGCAGCAGCUUGUCUUUACAUUGCCUGCCGGCAAAGUAAAAAGGCUUAUCUCCUUAUCGAUUUCUCGGACUAUUUGAAGAUUAGCGUUUAUGUCCUAGGUGCUGUUUUUCUGCAACUUUGCCAAGUUUUGCUACUUGCAGAACAUCCAAUUGUUCAGAAACUCAUAGAUCCCAGCCUUUUCAUCCAUCGUUUUACAGAACGUUUACUUGGGAAAAGGGACAAUGCUGUCUCAGACACAGCUUUACGCAUCGUAGCUAGCAUGAAGCGAGACUGGAUGCAGACUGGGAGGAAGCCAAGUGGAUUAUGUGGUGCAGCAUUAUAUAUUGCUGCACUUUCACAUGGCUAUAAUUAUACCAAGUCAAAUAUUGUUGCGGUUGUGCAUGUAUGUGAGGCAACACUAACUAAGCGCUUGAUAGAGUUUGAAAAUACAGAUUCUGGCAGCUUAACGAUUGAAGAUUUUUUGGCAAAGGCUGAUGAAGAGCCUGUUUCAAAAUUUUCACCCAUAUCUGGAGAAGUCCUCUGCAAGCACAAGGAUAAAGCUGUUGAGCAUUUUGCUCAUGGACUUUGUGAGAAGUGCUACAACAAAUUUACUAAACUGUCGGGUGGACUGGAGGGUGGUGCUGACCCUCCAGCUUUCCAACGAGCUGAAAAACAAAGACUGGAAGCUGCUAAGAAGGCUGAGGAAGCUGCUGCUAAUAAGGAAGCAAUGUUAGGAGAGUCAAUUUGUGAGAUACAGAAUUCUGAUGCUGAACAUAACAUCACGAGCACUACAGAGGAUUCAGUUGGAGAUAAAUCUGCAACAAUUGGUUCUGGGGAAAUUGGAAAGGAUUAUGUAGCUUCAAAAGAUCCUGAAGUUGGAGGUUUGUUAGUUGUAACAUGCAAUAGUAAUUUCAGUGAAAAUGGUAAAGCUGAUGCUGAUCCAGAAAGUUUUUCUGAUAUUGAUGAUUUGGAGGUUGACGGGUAUCUUCACAAUGAGGAAGAGACGCAGUACAAAAAGAUAAUUUGGGAGGAAAUGAACAAAGAAUACCUAGAGGAACAAGCCGCAAAGGAAGCUUUAGCAGCUGAACUGGCAGCUAGAGGUGUGGGCGUGGGAGAGGGACAACAGAAAAAACGGAGACGUAAUGAUGACUCGAAGAACUCAACACCUGCUGAAACACCAGCGGAAGCAACAUACAAUAUGUUAAAACGAAAGGGACUUGGGUCAAAAAUCAACGUCGAAGCAGUUGGUGGAUUGUAUAAUACUAAAGAUGAAGCUAGUGAAGCAAAUGAAAAAGGAGACAUGGGCUUUGAUGGAGAAUAUGCACAUGACACUGGUGAUGGUGAAACAAUAGAAGGUGGCUAUGACUAUGCUGAUUACAAUAACGAUGGCUAUGCUGAUGGUGGUGAUGCUGGAGCCUACGAGGAUUACGAUGGGAUUGAUUACUAA